UACAAAGAUUUGAGAAGCAAAUAAAUCCCAAACUUCAAUAAUAUAACUUCACAUAACAUUAUAUAUAUUCUUCUAUAGUUCUUCUAUGUCUUCUAUCCAUUAAAUCCGAGCUUGCAUGAAAUGGCUUAUCAUCAUCAUCACACACUCAACAGAGUGCCCAUCUUAUUUACCUUACUGAUUGUAUUGGGCUGCAGUUCCCAAGUCUCCCGAGGGAGAUUUGUGGUCGAGACGAACAGCAUAACUGUGAUUAAUCCCUACGACAUGCACGCGAAGCGCAACGCUUCAAUAUCGGACUUUGGGGUCCCAAAGUACGGCGGGUCUCUGGUUGGCAGCGUCGUGUACCCUGAUAAGGGCGGCGACGCUGCCCUUGGCUGCUCCCCCUUUCAGGGCUAUCAGCCCUUCAAGUCCAAAACCGCUCGCCCUAGUAUUCUCCUUCUUGAUCGCGGAGAUUGUUAUUUCUCCAUGAAGGUAUGGAAUGGACAGCAAGCAGGUGCAGCAGCAGUGUUAGUGGCCGACACCUACAACGAGCCUCUCAUAACAAUGGUCUCCCCCGACGAGAGCUCCGACAAAGACGGAUACAUAGAGAAGAUCGGCAUCCCCUCAGCGUUGAUCGAGAAGUCCUUCGGCGACACCUUAAAGGAAGCUCUGAGGAGAGGCAAGGACGAAGAAGUCGUAAUCAAAAUGGAUUGGACCGAGUCGAUGCCCCACCCGGACGAACGGGUGGAGUACGAGCUGUGGACGAACGGGAACGACGAGUGCGGGAAGAGCUGCGACGACCAGAUGGACUUCAUCAAGAACUUCAAAGGGCAUGCUCAGAUCCUUGAGAAAGGUGGGUUCACCAUGUUCACACCUCACUAUGUGACAUGGUACUGUUUCACGCCUUUCAGUAAGAGCAGCCAGUGCAAGUCCCAGUGCAUAAACCAUGGCAGGUACUGUGCACCAGACCCAGACCAGGAUUUCUCAAAAGGGUAUGAUGGGAAGGAUGUGGUGCUUGAGAACUUGAGGCAGCUUUGUGUGCAUAGGGUUGCUAAUGGGAGUGGGAAGUCAUGGGUUUGGUGGGAUUAUGUCACUGAUUUUCACAUUAGGUGUUCCAUGAAGAACAAGCAAUACACCAAGGAAUGUGCCCAACAAGUAUUAAAAGCUCUGAACUUGCCAAUUGGAAGGAUAGAGAAAUGCAUGGGUGAUCCUGAAGCUGAUGCAGAUAAUGAGCUCCUCAAAGCUGAGCAAGCACUGCAGAUUGGGCGAGGAAAUCGUGGUGAUGUUAUUAUGUUGCCUACCAUGGUCAUUAACGAUGUCCAAUAUAGAGGUAAACUUGAAAGGAGUGCUGUGUUGAAAGCCAUUUGUGCAGGGUUCAAAGAAACAAGUGAACCAGCAAUUUGUCUCAAUGCAGAGCUUGAGACAAAUGAGUGCCUUGAAGGGAAUGGUGGCUGCUGGCAUGACCCAAAGUCCAACAUAACAGCCUGCAAGGACACAUUUAGGGGAAGAGUGUGUGAGUGCCCUUCACUAAAUGGUGUUAAGUUCAAAGGAGAUGGAUAUAAGUCAUGUGAAGGUGUUGGGCCUGGGAGGUGUGCCAUUGACAACGGAGGCUGCUGGUCAGAGACUAGACAUGGAACAACUUUUUCUGCUUGUCCAGAAGCUCUUGUUUCUGGCUGCAAAUGUCCAAAGGGUUUUAAGGGGGAUGGUCAUAAAUGUGAAGAUGUGAAUGAAUGCAAGGAGGGCACAGCCUGCAAAUGUGAUGGAUGCAGUUGUAAAAACACUUGGGGUGGAUAUGACUGCAAAUGCAAGGGGGAUAAAUUGUAUAUCGUUGAGCAUGACACAUGCAUUGAAAGACACUCCUCAUCAAAAGCUGGGCAGUUGAUUUCUUUGGUCAUUGUGGCCGUUGCGCUUUGUGUUGGUCUUGUUGGGUACAUAUUUUACAAAUACAGACUUCGGUCAUACAUGGACUCAGAGAUUAAAGCUAUAAUGGCGCAGUAUAUGCCGCUUGACGACAACCAUCACAAUCGCGUCGUGCAACACGGAACGUAUGAGCCUUCACAAGAAAGCAUAUCUGCUGCGUGAAGAAGGUUUAUUGGUUACACUUAUGGAGAUGUAUGUAAUCUGCCCAUUUUGAUGGGUUUGGCCUUCCAUAAAUAUGGAUGCAUCAG